AUGGACGUAUUAGGUCCACUUCCUAUGACUGCACGGGGGAACCAGUACAUCUUGGUUAUGUCCGAUCACUUUACCAAGUGGGUAGAGGCGGUGCCAAUGCCCAAUCAACGUGCCGAGACGGUAGCUAAAGCCUUCGUUAAUGAAGUAGUGACUCGACAUGGAGUCCCAAGUAAACUUCUAACCGAUCAAGGAAGGAACUUCGAGGCCGAUCUCAUGAAGCAAGUGUUCAGUCUCCUCGGUGUGCGAAAACUAAGAACUUCGCCGUACCAUCCCCAAACGGACGGACAAGUUGAGAGAAUGAAUCGCACGUUAAAGGGAAUUCUGACAGCUUAUGUAAAUAAGGACCAUAAUGAUUGGGACGAUCACUUACCACUGGCCUUGUUUGCAUACCGUAACAGUGUGCAUUCCUCGUCUGGGGUUUCACCUUUCCAGGCAAUUUAUGGUCGCGAAGCCACUACACCGCUGGUACUUAUGAACACCGAAACUGAAGUUAAGGAACAGUUUAUUUCAAAUUACUGUGAUGAACUGGAGAAGACAUUAAAGGACGUACAUCGCAGCAUCAAAACGAACAUUGACGUGGCGCAAAGUAAGCAGAAGAAAGGGUACGACGAACAUAAUGACGUUGACCGAAGUACAGCGCUAAAGGAAGGGGAUCGGGUGUGGCUCAAUAACAAAGCGGUACCAAAGGGCUUGAGCCGAAAAUUCCAUUCACCGUGGACGGGGCCUUACGUAGUGAUCGAGAGACUGGGCAAGGUAAACUACCAUAUCAAGCCGGGGCCUGGGAACGGUAAGACAAGAGUGGUACAUCGCAAUCGACUUAAGCUAGACAUACGCCAGCCUAGAAUCGAAGAAACCCUGUCUGUUGAUCAACCAGAAAAGCACAACUCGAGAGUCGAAUUGCUCCCAGGCGAGCCAGUGAUACAUCACGGAGAGAGGCUGGCAGACGCACAGCUGUUACCAGCAGAGGAGCUGAUCCAAUUGCGUAGGUCUAACCGUAAUCGCCGACAACCUGAUAGAUAUCAGGAUUAUAACUUAGAUGAACUAGAGAUCGAGGACGCUCUCAAUUAA